UUUACCUCCAUCUGGCCAAGAGCAGCAGCAGGAUAAAGAGGACAGCCUGCCAAAUGAGUGAGAAUAGGAAAAGAAAGUGAGAGAAACAUCGAGCUGAUGGACUUCCAGCAACUGACAACAAUUCGAAGAAGCAGUGUUGUUUUCCAACGAAGCCAUGCAUAUUAUACAGCCUCCCCGACAAGCCACGGCAUGUAGACUUCAAUCUGUACAAAAUAUGUAAAACCGGCUUGCGAUCAACCAUGACCAACCCACUGUUACAGUCAGACAUGUAUAAGUAUAUCUUCAGCACCGUCAGCUGUCUCUGCUUUCUUCAUAAUGGUCUCCUGGCUGAGGAAUGCAGCCAGGCUGUUCUGGCAAAACGUGACACAUUUUAUGCACCUGCAGGAGGCAGUCUGUCUCUGUCCUGUGUGGUCCAGCACUGUGGAGACAAAUGGACGGGAAACUGGAUGUGGAGAAAUUCAACAGUCGAAAAGCUGAAGGCCGUUGAAGAAAGUGUGAGAUACCGUUUGACCACUGUGACGCUCUCAGCCAAUCAAACUCAACUAAUUUUGAAUUUCCCGAGUGUCAACCAAUUAGACGAAGGUUUCUAUGGAUGCAGAGUUACAUGGACUGAAGAUUACAUUGAUGAGGGACAUUUGACGUAUGUGAACGUCACUGCAGCUGUCCCCUCUCAGAGGAGUGUAGUGCACAGGGUUUUGGUCUGUGCCGGUGCUUCGCUUUGUCUUCCCAUCAUUCUGGGAUUGGCUCGUUGUCUGAGUUCGGAAGUCAAGCCUCAGCCACUUCCCAGGACGCUGUCCACAUAUGCAGCUGUGUACAGAGACCGACCACACCCGGCCCCACAACCUGCACCUCGACGCCCGGUGCCUCAGAAAUGUAGCGCUUCCUCUCACAAAGCUCCCCCCAAGUCCCAGCAGAAGGCCGAGGUGGUGUACGCAGACAUAUCCCAGGAUGCACUGAGACAACAGGGAGCCAACAGAGAGCCUGACCAGGCCACUGUGUACUCAUCCCUCAAAUUUUCCUGAGUGCAAUAGAAGCAGAGUGGAGGAUCAAUUAUGUGUUACUUUUUGUGGAAUUCUGCUUGAUCCUUAACGUCCUCAGGAAACAUUUGAUCUGGUCUCGUAGAACCUGGUAGCCACUUUAAAACAUCUCUACGAAUAUUUCACUAUUGCGUCAUUCUUGAGCUCAAGGCUUCACCUGCGUAUUGUGGAAAAUCAUUAGGAACAAAAUAAGAUACAAAAGGAUCCAGCAGAGUCAUUUUUGUCUAUCCAUAUCUAUGGACUCUCCUGAUUACACUCUGAUGUGAAAGUUGUGACUGUUUUAAUUAUGAAGAAGAGAGAAGUGCCAAAAAUCCUUCAUAUGCACAUUGCAAAACAGACAGCAAGUGGAGCAGAUAAUGAGGAGAUAUUGGAGCGAGGAGCAUUGGAGUAUAUCAGCUGAACCAGCCCGAGGUGCUGCAGAGAGAAAAUACUCAGCUUUGUGUUAUGAUUUCACUGAUGUUAAUGCUUUUAUUGUUUUGAAAUGUGACUGCGGACAAGCAAAACAUUAAAUGCAGUCCGACCAAUUUAAA